ACCCCUCCUCAAUAACCGCCGCUCCUCACACCCACGCCCCCAUCGCCGAUGGCAUCUUCUCUCAUCCUCGCCGUCGCCGUCGCGAUGAUAUUCUCGCCGGCGGCAGCUCAAACCUGCAAAUCGCAGAUAUUCUCCAACCACAACGCUUCCUUCGCGAACUGCGAAGAUCUACCGACGCUCAAAGCUUCACUCCACUGGACUUACGAUCCGUCCGCUCGGCCGGAUCCGACUCUCGCAAUCGCCUUCGUCGCACCUCCGGCGAAGCCUGACGGCUGGAUCGCUUGGGCGCUCAAUCCGACCGCCGCAGGUAUGGUCGGCUCUCAAGCUCUCAUAGCCUUCCGAGAUACGAACGGAUCGAUUGUUGUGAAGACGUACAAUAUCUCCUCGUACGGUCCAAUCGCCGAAUCGAAGAUCCGAUACAACGUCCUCAACAAACGCGCCGAGUCUUCGAACGGAACGAUGAGGAUUUUCGCGACGCUCGCAUUGCCGUCGGCCGGAGCGUCGGUGAGCCAGGUAUGGCAGGUCGGAGCGUCGGUGGCGAAUGGCGUUCCGGCGAAGCACGAUUUCUCUCCUGAGAAUCUAAAAUCGACAGGUACUUUGCGAUUGAUUAGUUCGAGUUCAGGCGAUAAGAACGGUAGCGCGCCGGCGACUUCGCCGGCGCCGGAGAGUGGUAGUUGGAGAGUCGGUUGUAACGGCGUUUGGGUGUACGGAAUUACGGCGUUGUUAGGGGUAGUUUUGGGAUUUUAGGUCAAUUUUGGUAUCUCAUUUUACUUAUUUAUUUUUCUUGUUGUUGGAAAAAUAAUACUCCCUCGUCCCGCA